AUGACUACCCUGCACGGUGAUGAAGUUGUUGUUUAUGAGACGCCGGAUGUACCGGAUGGAGUGGAUGAUGAUUUGGGCGUUGAAUCUAUAGAAGUAGAUUCUGAUUCCUUGGAUAGAACUGUGGUAUCUCGUGAGGAUGCGUUCGAGGCGUUCGUCACAGUACGUGAUUUUUCAGGCGGAGCUGGACUCGACGCUAAAAUCGCCGAUAUACAGUCUCAAAUUGAAUACUUACGGCUUGAACACUCAGACUCACGUUUGAAUGAUCUAGCAAAACAGCUCAGUGGCCUCGCAUCCGCUUCUCAACCUUCUCCACUCUCUCCCCUCUCAAGUCCUGCAGGAUCUGCGUCUGAUAGUCAGACCCGGGUCGAGCAGCUGCCCGGGACGACGGUAUUGCCUCUUUCCCCACAGGCCUAUGAUCGAAUUGCUCGAUUGGAGGCACGAAUUUCUGAUGUUGAAGCUAGUGUUGGUGUAUCUUCUUUUCCUGUACCCCUUGCCACGGCUGUGAAAAGCGCUCAAGAGAAACUGGAUUUGUUGAGUAGCAACGAAUCGCAGCUGGAGUCUGCGUUAUUGAAUUUGCAGAAGCUGGCUGAGUUUGUCAAGAAGACACCUGUUAAUGACAAAAUCGCUCGUAUUUAUGACACUUUGGUUUCCCUUGAUCCGGUAAUUAAGUCUCUACCCAAGGUGAUUUCUCGACUAGAGAGUCUGCAGGUCCUACAUGCUGAUGCUUCGUAUUGCAGAUCGACGAUGAAGGAUAUUGAUGCCACUCUGGAGAGUAUGAAGAUCGAUAUUGAUCGCUGGAUAAGCACUCUUGAUGCGUUGGAACCUAAAUUACAUCAGGCAAUUGAAACCACUGGCCAAAAUGUCGAGAAAGUAGAGUCUCUACUGUCUUAGCUAUUUAACAGAUACGAUCACUAAUUACAUUACGUACCUCCGUGAGGCAAGGC